UUUAUACAAAACGUUUUCAUGCGCAAUUGAAAUUUGCGCGCAAUGAUUAAUAUAGCGAAAUAUUUUGCUUUGCUGGAGAAUUUAAACUUUCAACAUGCUGCAAGGAAAGAAUCAGUGGACUGUGCUGGAUUGGAAGUUCUUCAAGCCAAUUCAACAAUUUUGUCGAAAUACGUGCAAAAGGAUUUGAGACAACAACUGCAGGAGUUAUUUAAAGCGCUGCAAGUAGAAGGGGAAAGUGAUGUGAUCGAUUUGAACAACUCCAUUAAUUGCUAUAUAAUACGUAUAUCGCACGUGCUUCACACGCUGAGCCUAAACAUCAAUUUCCAUAGCGAUGCAAAGGAGGACUUAAUUUCGGUGGCUCAUCUAAAACUCUGCAUACAGGCAACACAGGAGCUAAGUUAUUAUGCGCUGCGCUCGCAGUUGCAUAGCGAUUUCUAUAAGUCAGUCGUUUUUAAGGAUGUUCAGCGUGAGCGCUGUCAUCCCACACUGAUUUUUCUCAGCAUACAGUUAUUUAUUCGCUUGCUAGCCAUACGUCAGCUACACAUAGCAAAUGCCAUGGAGUUAGUGCAACGAGAUUUGCUUGCAGCUGUGAUCAGCUUACGCGCAGCUCAGCCCAAGCCGGGACAGAUUCUACAGCUAAAUGCAGCUCUCACUUAUCUGUGGCAAAAUGAAUCCAAGGCUGAUUUCUUUAGACAUGUGUUGCUGCUUAAGGCAACUCCAAAUCUGUCCGUUCCGUUGGCUAAAGAGCUCCAUCAGCAGCUGUUGAAUAAAUUGGGGGUAGCUCAUGGUUUCGCCAGUCUGUUGGCUGCUCUGCAAACUCCGAAUGCCACGCGAACUGCGGAAAUUGUGGCUCAGAUUGUGGCACAGCGCGGCUUUUCGUUGCGUCUCCAGCAGCGUCUGAUUGAGCAGAUCUUCGACUUCUGUGCCAUGCAGACGAAUGGCCUGUUGGCGGGUGUGCUUAGCCUGCGUCGUCUCUACGAGCUCAAUGUGGAGAAUCGCAAGUGCGUGGAGCGCUUACUCUGCAGAAAUUGGCAGCCUUUGACAUGUCCCGAUGACUUGCUGAAUGGCCUCAUCGUCUGGGAGCAUGCGCAGCUGUGCGAUUGCAUUCGUCUCUGGGAGCAACUCUUCUGCAACUCCAGCAUCGCUUGUUUACCCAGUCUUCUACUGGUACCCUAUAUGCCGCUUUUCCUGCAGCUUUACAAGCAACUGCCACAGCAGCUAAUUGAGCGAAAGGCUUUGGCUGCUUUAAUCUCUCGUUGUUUGGAUAAUAGAGAGUCAAAGCAGGAGCUGCCUAACCUGCUGCAGCGCUUGUAUAGCUGGGACUUGACUGGCUCGCCGCCUUGGCAAGCUAUGCAUCCACGCCUGGCCAUAAUGCACACGUCACAGUCUGAUCUCGUAACAGUUCAAGUGGCGCAACAGGAAGAGGAAGGCAACUAUUGUCGGGUAUUGACCGCUCUGCUUAUGGCUGGCAGCGAUCAGACGUUAACAGCGAAGACUUUUCUGGCUCUGCUAGAGCUAAUGCUGCAGCAACUGCUGGCCACACAAACCGCGACCACUGAGCUGCUCUCCACGGAAACGGAACUUGCGGAUUUUCUGCAUUCAAAAUAUCAGCUAAAGCUGGAACUGCUUGUAGCACUGGAGCAGCUCGUUUGGCAUGAGCCGCUCAAAGUACAGUUGGCAGCUACUCAAAGUAAAAAGUUUAUUCAGCUUGUUGCACAGCUGAUGGCUAUCAGAGUGCAGCCCGCUGAGCUAGCAGAACAGAUGCAGUUGCUCAUAUUGUUGCUGCUGCAGGAGCUGCUCGAACGCAGCGAGCAACUCCAGCUGUCGGAGUCCACACGUCAACUGCAACAACCACUGCAAAGAUUAGCGGAUGGUACAGCAAAUCCUUUGCUGCUUAAUGCGUUACAGCCGUUGCUCGAACUGCUUGGAGGCAAGCAUCAGGCCCGCAUGGCUACAGCCCCAUCUCUCGCAUCCUUUCAGCAGACGCGAGAGCUCAUCGAAAACGAGCAGCCGCAUCUGCAGGUCUAUGGCAUACAGUUGAUGCUGGAAGCGUUGAGAAACAAAGAUCCCACCUUUAUAUCCCAAUCACAUCGCAUCAUAGCUCUGGCAUUGAGCACACUCAAGCAGAAGGAGUCCUACACGUUUCUCAAUUGUGUCCGCCUCUUCGUGCAGCUGGUGCACAUCAUGGAGUCCGAGGUGUUGGACAUGCUCAGCGAUGAAUAUCUAUCGGAGACAGCUGAUCUCGACUAUCGCCUGGUUGUGGGCGAAGCUAUACUUAAAGCAGCUCAAGAAAUUGGUCCUCUCUGCUAUCGCUACAAGGCUGAAUUAUUCAAUUGCUUUCUGCAUGGCGCUUGCUCUUCUUUGGAUGAAUUUCGCAGCUCCGCCUAUGCGAACCUGGCGCAGCUGUGUCGCCUGCUAACUUACCAGGUGCAUGGCUUCUUCCAGGAACUGCUGCAGCUAAUUGACGCCGAGCUAAGCUCGGGACGGUAUUUGCCUGCCAAGCGUGGCGCCUUGCUGGUGCUCGCCGAGCUAUUGGCUGGUAUGGACAACCUGCUGAACUACCAGGAUAUACUCUUGCCCAUCUAUAGACUGCUGCGUGCCAUCGAAGCCAACGAAAACUGUGAUUCACAAAUGCGACAGCACGCAGCUAAUGGCUUAAAAGUUAUAAAUGAAAAAUGUCGUGAGUUGCUAAAUAGCGAGGCACCUGUGCAGCAGCUGCAAAGAGAGAUCAAGGUGCUGGGCAUUAAGGAACCCGCUGCGAAAGGCAAGCGGCAUAUACUCGAGUUGAAUUAGAUAGAAGAAGAAUAGAUAGCAGAAGUAUAGCAUGUUAAGAGUUGGAGAUUAACAAGCAAUUUGUGUGGCAGCUGCAAAGGGCAGAUCGUAAAAUGAUCAAUGGCUAUGCUAAGCUAUAAGAAAUGCAUAAAGAUCUAUAUACUGAUUGCCAAACCUAAUUUAAAAGGUAUAAAAAUUAAGUAAAGUUUGUAAUUGAAUCACUGCUGCAAGCUAUCGUUAAAGACUUCAAUAUUUUUAUUUAUAACAUUAACAUUUAUUUAAAGCCA